AUGUGGCCUUCCGGUGAUGUAGAAUGGUAUACACACGAAAUGAAACAACAACGUCCAAAUUUUUUGAAAACAGCAUCCACAAAAUCAGAAUCUAAUCAUGAUCAAACAUCGAAAGAUAUUACACAACCACAAACGGAACCGAUAACAAGAGAUACAUGGUCUGAGACAACAAAACUGAAACAUCAUCUUGAAUUAAUUCAAUUAAGAUUAGAACAUCUGCAACAACCAUCAUCAUUCGUUAUCCAAUUAGAAACAACGUCCGAACCAUCAGAUCGAGCAGUGGCAUAUCAUACUCUAUCCUUAAUGACAAAAUUAGGAACUAUUGGUAAACAACUCAUUGAACAACAACAUGUUAAAACGAAAAUGCAACAAGUAUUGCGUUGGACAUUAUUAUUAUUAAUGCUGGUUAUGUUUGGUGUCGCAAUAAUAAGUCAAAAAAAACAUCAACGGAUGGCAGUUAUGAUUCUCUUGGUCUUGAAUUAG